CUUCCCUCCCUCCACAAGCAACAGCUAAGAUAACAAAGGAAUUGGACCGGGUUCAACCAUGCUGCCCGGCGGUUUUGUGGACUUCCGGAGGAUUUCUAGCUUUCACCUUUCUGAUUUCUGAAAGCUUGCAACCUGUGCUCGCCCUUCUUCAACAAUGCAGUGCUCUAUAUAAGUUCCAACGGGAGCCUGCCUCAACUCAAUCAUUCCAAGUGUGAAGAACUCUACCACUUUUAAUAUAGCCAUACUCGCAACGAGCCCCGAGUCCAAACCGUCACAAUGGUCGCCGAAAAGAAGUCGGAGUCUACCUUCAAGUACAACGAGAAGCCUGUCUACACGACUUCCAAUGGCGCCCCGGUCGAUCACCCGUCCAAGUGGCAGCGCGUUGGCACCCAUGGGCCUCUCCUACUGCAAGACUUUCACCUGAUUGACUUGCUUGCCCAUUUUGACCGCGAGCGUAUUCCCGAGCGAGUUGUUCACGCCAAGGGUGCCGGUGCCUAUGGAGAAUUUGAGGUUACAGAUGAUAUUAGUGAUAUCUGCACGGUAAACAUGUUGAAUGGCAUUGGAAAGAAGACUCCCUGUAUCACUCGCUUCUCCACCGUCGGUGGUGAGAAGGGCUCGCCAGACAGCGCCAGAGACCCCAGAGGCUUUGCAAUCAAGUUCUACACCCAAGAAGGUAACUGGGAUUGGGUUUAUAACAACACUCCCGUUUUCUUCCUGCGAGAUCCCACCAACUUCCCCUUGUUUAUCCACACCCAGAAGCGCAACCCGCAAACCAACCUGAAGGAUGCCACCAUGUUCUGGGAUUACCUCUCGACGCACCCAGAGUCUAUCCACCAGGUGAUGCACCUGUUCUCGGACCGCGGAACCCCAUACUCGUACCGUUUCAUGAAUGGCUACUCUGGCCACGCCCACAAGUUCAUCAAGCCCGACGGGUCCUUCGUCUACGUCCAGAUCCACCUCAAGUCGGACCAAGGUAACAAGACCUUCACCGACGAGGAGGCUGGUAAGAUGGCGUCGGAGAACCCUGACUUCUCUACUCAGGACUUGUUCGAGGCUAUCCAGAGGGGCGAAUUCCCAUCCUGGACCGUAUAUGUUCAGACUAUGACUCCUGAGCAGGCUGAGAAGUUCAAGUAUAACGUCUUUGAUCUGACCAAGGUCUGGCCUCAGAAGGAGUUCCCUCUGCGCAGGUUCGGCAAGAUGACACUCAACCGCAAUGUUGAGAAUUACUUUGCCGAGAUCGAGCAGGUUGCGUUUGCUCCUUCGCACCUGGUGCCUGGUGUUGAGCCUUCUGCCGACCCCGUUCUGCAGUCCCGUCUCUUCUCAUACCCAGAUACCCACCGCCACCGCCUCGGCGUCAACUACCAGCAAAUCCCCGUCAAUGCUCCGCUCCAGGCCUUCAACCCCUUCCAGCGCGACGGCGGCAUGGCCGUCAAUGGCAACUACGGCGCAAACCCCAACUAUCCCUCCAGCUACCGCCCCUUAACUUACAAGCCCGUCCAGGCCACCAACCCACACGAGCAGUGGACAGGUCAGGCCGUCAGCGCCUUGUUCGAUGAGGUCAAACCUGUUGACUACGAGCAAGCUAGGGACCUGUGGCAGGUUUUGGGAAGGACUCCGGGACAGCAGGCGAAUUACGUGAACAAUGUUGCGGGGCACUUGAGUGCGGCGCAGAAGGAUACGCGUGUGAGAACUUAUGAGAUGUUUUCUAGGGUUUCCCCUGAGCUGGGGGCAGCUAUUCGGACGGCUGUCGAAGGGAGGGGUGCGAGAUUGUAGAGUGGGGAAUUCUGAUAUAUCAAUGAAGACAAAAGGUGUAUAAUUGGAGGGAACUGCGUUGAGAGUAUAUUGAUACAGCAGAGAACCCAGGGUCUAAAUCACGCAUUUUCUUCAAGCUGAAAGUUGUCAAGGAGGAAUUGUGCUGUACCGGCUUGCAUAAGGGGAAAGUCACAGUUUAGUCAGUUGUCAUAUGUCGUCAAAACUUGAUUAGUGGGAUACAAAAAGGAUUGGUUAGUACCGCCGUCCAAUGACAACGCAGUGUACCUGAUGAUCACUUGAAUGCUCCAUACGUACGUAGACUAUAGCAGCACCCAUCUACGGAAGGUCCUUGUUGAAGUGCCCUGAAGGCUAG